GAUCGUUGCAUGGAAAGGAUACAGCACUGCGAAUCGAGUUCAAAUGUGUGAUCAAAGGUGAUAGCUUUGAUGCUGUUUUCUAUGCGCAAAGUGCGUUACCGUACAACCUAUGCCAAUAGUGCUCAGUGAUUGUGGAAGCGAUUGUGUGUAAAAUACUCAAAUUUGGAAGAAACGAAAUUUAAAAACCAUUGCUGCGUUGAACGUUGUUGGUAGUAUCUUGUUUUAGUUUUUCUUGCCGCGUUCGUUGCGCAUUGGCUAUUGAUUUUUCCGGAACCAAGGUACCCCACAUCCUUGGUAUUUCGGAGUGUGAAUAAAAUAUUUAUGAAUGGAGUAACGGUAUCCAACGGCUAGAAUGACGAAGUCGCUGUGUUUCCGCUGUUCGUGAACUGUUGUGAGUAAUUUUCGUCCGCGUGAGAUAAGCACAUCUGCACAGGAACACAGCAGAAACGGUUCUUGUAAUCAACUUGUGGAAUAGAUUCAGCUCAUGUGUAUCGUUCGUUCUUUUUUUUGCUACUUCCUGCACUAAUCACUUAUUUACAACGCGGUCACAUUUACUUUGGACGAGUCAGUCGGGUACGUGCGUUUUAUCGAGUGAUAUUUUUCCGACGUUGUACCAUUCUCGUGUCGUUUAUGUGCGAAUCAACGAUUAUUUGCCCAUAAAUUUAUCCGGUCGGAUGUGCACAUAAACAGCAACCAAACAAGAAAGUAGUGUCAUUUGCGGACGACGGAAGUAAGCGUGCCUCACUGGAGGUUCGAGAAGCAAGUGUGAACCGUAAAAUUGAUCAAUUUCUCACGACUGGAGUUCGAACGGAUGCGGAUAUCCAUUUGUUGCAAAUUUGUUCGAUGCAAUUGAUGUGAGUCGUAGUGCUAAUAACAAAUAACUUAAUAUCAGUUUAUGCAAUUGUUUGGCAUCCUGUGGCGUCAUUCCCGUUUGAAGUGCGUAUCAAAGACCGUGUUAUUUACGCACCAAAAAGGAAAUAUCGGAACUAGUAAUGAUCAUAAUUGAAAAUUCAUUGAUCGCCGAGGAAGUUAUUUUGAGGUAGGCUGCCAACUUCGACAUCCUUUGUGUUUGCAAACCUGUGCAGUGGCGGAUAUUCGUGAUUCAAGCAAGUGCUGCUCGGUAAAGUGAAUGUAAUUCAAUUUGGUGUUCCGCUUCCUGUAAGGCAAAAGCAAUACGGGAAAGUUUGCUUUUCAUCCUUGCAGGCACGAACGAGGACUGCGGUACAGAAGCUACAGAAAUUUUAUGUAUGUAAUGGAUAACCUUACAGCGAAACGAAUAUCCAGAAGCAGAAUGAACAACAUGAUGAAUUUAUUAUCGCAGCUGACCGUUGCACUCGGAUUAAUGUUGUUGACCGUUUCAAGCACCCUCGGAGGCCCCACCACGGCUUCGGUUAAUAACAUUAAUCGAGAAUCCACCGUAAAUCUGGCGCGGUUGGAGGAUAAAUCAAUCGUUGCCGGUUCGGAUUUGUUCGACGGCGAAAGCGUGGCGCCGGUUCUGUCGCUGGAAGACCAAGUGCGAGUACUUACCAAACAGCUGAACACAUUAACGAACCAGCGACUGGAGGAUUACAAAAUGCUCGAGGACAAUUUGAAGAAAUUUGUGCGUAAAAACUCGAUUGAGCUGACGAAUGCCGAGAUUCGCGAGGAGCUUGAUCAUAUGAGGGAGGAUAUCAAAGCAUUACGGGACAGCAGCUCACCGAACAAGGAACGACUGACAGUGCAGUGGCUUUCGCAGUCGAUAUCGGAAAUUCGUUCCGAACUGGCCGAAUUGCAGGAAUCGUCUAGCAAUGCGUCCAAAGAUGCACAGUUGAAAAACCAACUCAUGGAGGAUAUUAACACGCUGCGGGCAGAUUUUGCCACUCUCAAGCUGGAACUGGAGUCACUGAAGUCGAGACAGGAAAAAACGGAAGUGCUCGUGAAUGAACUGCGGGAAGAAGCCGUUCAGGGUGCCGAAGACAUUCGCCGUAGUUUGACGCGGCAACGGGAGAUGGUCGACAUUGCUGACUCGCCACAAACAAUCGAUUUCGUCGAACCGGAAGCAGACCACCGGAUGCGCCACCAUCGCUUCUUUCGCCAGCAGCUGCACGAGCUCGAGAUGAAGCAGACCGCGAUGAAGCGACAGCUAAGUGAUAUUUUCAACCACCGGAUGGCGGACCGGUUGCGAAGUUUGGAAAUCGAACAGCGUCGAUUGGCGAACGCAAAUUUUAACGUUAGCCGCCAGGUCGCCAGUUUGGAUAAGUUGCACAGUUCGAUGCUGGAACUACUGGAGGACGUCGAAGGCAUUCAGAACAAGUUCGAAAAAACACUGCCCGAUGUCAAGCGGGAAAUUUCCAAGGUGGAGUUCAACGCGGCUCAGAUUACCUCCGAGCAGGGCCUGCUGAGGGAGGAAGGACACAACAUAGCGAAAAGUAUCCAGGCGAUGGCUGUCAGUGUCAGCACUUUGCAGGACGAGCGAGAAAAUGUGCGAAAACUGGAGGAGCAGAUUCAGGUCAUGAAACGGGACCUGGAUAAAAUCAAAUCAGCCGCCCUGCUGCACCGAGAGAUGGCACACAAUCGGUUGGAGAAGUUCGAAGCCGAGUCCCGUUUAGAUUACAACUCGUCAUCCAAGCCGACCGAGCUGCAACGUACGACGAAACUGGUGCAACAGUUGGAAAACGUCGAGAGCGAAUACGAAACCAUAAUCAACAAGCUGCCCCGGGAUUGCACCCAAAUCGAACGAAUGAAAGCUCGGGGUGAAAGCGGUCAAAGUGGCGAAGGAAAUCUUUAUCUGAUUGCCCCGACUGGUCAGCAUCAUCCUUUGAUGACACAGUGUUUCAACGAAUGGACCACAAUCCAGCGACGCCAGGACGGUUCGGUGGACUUUAAUCGCUCCUGGGAAGACUACGCCAAUGGCUUCGGAACACCGGCGGGGGAGUUUUGGAUCGGUAACCAAGCAUUGCACCAUCUUACUAACGACAAUUGCUCGAUGCUUCGGAUCGUGAUGCAGGAUAUCUACGAUAAUACCUGGUUUGCGGAUUACGAUGCAUUCAGAAUUGGCUCCCGGGAGGAUGGAUUCCGCUUGGAGCUGGCCGGAUACGAUGGGAACGCUUCGGAUGCCUUCGAGUACCAGAACCACAUGCAAUUUUCUGCCAUCGACGUCGAUCGGGAUAUCUCGAACACACAUUGUGCUGGCAAUUACGAAGGAGGCUGGUGGUUUUCCCACUGUCAGCACGCCAAUCUGAACGGUCGGUACAAUCUGGGUCUGACAUGGUUCGAUGCUUCUCGCAACGAAUGGAUAGCGGUCAAGUCCAGCCAUAUGAUGAUUGCCCGGCGGCCACAGUGCACCCUCGCCGGCGACCGAGAACGGGCGGAGGAAGGUGCGCAAAGUCCAAUAAUUGCGGAACCAUUCUCGUCCGCACCGAUGGCAGCGAUUUCGCAACAUGAAACUACCUUACUGACCACAUUAUCGCCCCAGCGGUCAGCCGAUUCUGGAGUCUAGAAGUUUGAAGAAAAGCAGAAUGUAAAAUAACCAUAGGAUAUGCACUGAUUCUCUUUGGUUUGUAAAUUACUUACUAGGAAGGACCAGCGGCGGAAACGGUUUUAUGUUGCAACAUGUGUAUGUGUGUGUUUGUAAGUAUGCUUGUACAGCAGUAGGGAUAGCAUCAUAUCAGUUCCGAGAUGUAGUAGCUCAUCUCUGAGGUUAGCCAACCGCAGGUCAACAUUGAUCCUUGAAACUAAAUCGGUUCUCGUUGUCCCCACUCAAGCACUCACAGUAACCUCAACACUGUUUAACUUUUUUGUUCAUCCUCAAAUGCCCAGUCCCCGAAGAUUAUGCUAUUCGAUGUUUCGGCUAGCACAAAACCAUACGCAAUUCCGGCUCUCCAGUGGCCAAUUAAUUUUGUCAGUCUAAGUACUUUAAAUUGCCAUCAAAAAAGGUUAUUAGUCUUUUCGGUGGCAAAGUAGCUUCUCCCUUUCAUCUAUCUCUGCAUCCUACCAAACGGCACACAGCGACGGAACACUCCGUGCUCGGAUGGGAUCCCCACUCACCCAGAGAGGAAGAAAAUUUAUUCUGACUGAUUACUUUUUUAUGGCUGUUACAUCCUUGUUUUCUGAAAUCCUGCGGCGGAAAAUUUUACGAUUCCGCUGCAGUGCGUUCGAUUCGAUGAUUCUUUUCCUCAAUUAGAAUAUAUGUUGUUCGGAAUCAUUUUGUAACGAACUGCGCUUGGUAGCCCCGUGUGGAACGAAAACAUCGCCGCCGUAUUGACGCAACUCAUAAAAUAUGGAGUGUUUUAGGUUCGUCGUAAUCGUAACGUUCUAUUUAACUUUAUCGUUAUUUAUUUGAAUAUAUACUUUCCAAUUUAUUCGCAUCUUAAAUCCAAUCACUGUUCACUUAUUAAAGUACCAUUUCAAAAACUGGCAUCCUGAUACGUUGUAAACUAUGAAAGUAGUAGAUAAUAUGCUUUGCUUGGAUGGUCUAUUUGAAAAUUUGUAUUGAAAGAAUUUAUAAUCCAGCUUGGACAUGUUAGACUGGAAAUACUAUUUCAUCUAAUGGAGACGCUGGGUGACUCAUUUCCCUUAUACCUGAAGCCACAUACCCAGCAUCCUCAUGUGUAGCAAGCGGAAUGUUGAAAUAAUUCAGGCAUCUGUCAGUUUUGUUAGUGACCAGUGAAUCAUUUUAUUAUUGUGGAAAGCACUCAACCUAUAAUAUUUUCUCUCUCUCUCUAGAAUGGUUUCCGAUGCUAGUGACUAAGACAAAAAAGCAGCUUCAAAUAUGUUUAAAAAAAACUCUAGCUUGGCUUUCUCGAAUUGACAGUUUUUAUGGAACCGUGUCGACUAUCUCAAAGAGAUUUCAAUGCCCAAAAAAAUGUGGUCAAUCUUUCUGCUGAAUUGCCUCUCAAAUAAAGUAAGGUCCAACACAGGAUAGUCUUCUUAAAUUCUAUAUUUCAUUGCCAUCUGUAAACCUAAACUCCAAGUGAACACUUUUGAGUACAUCAAAAAAGUACCGGAAAGUGAUGGUUCGCAGUUUAUUAAUCUGCCGAAGAAAAACAAAACUAAUGAAAUAACACCUAAAACCAAAGAAAUUUGUCUUUCAAAGCAAAGAGUAAAUGUUGAAGUUCAGUUAGUGGGUGUGGAAAUUGAAAUUCCGAAGGUACCCCUAAGUGUUUUUAUUUAACGAAAAAAAAAUAUUAUUUUAUGACCUCUCAACUCAAUAGAAAUAAAAAUAUGUAACAUUCAACUAAUGUUCAAAAACAAAGUUAAUGGAAGAAAAAAAAAAUACAUAUAAAUCGAACUGAAGGACUGAUAUGUAUUCGCGCAUAAUUUCAUUCAUUUUCAUCUGUAAGGUAGAAAAUUCCUCACAUAUCAGAUAAAAAGCAAAAUAAAAUGAAAUUUUAAACAUAAAAUGUAAAUAUAGGAGAUGCAUCUUAAUAUAACAAAAAUCAUUAUUUAUAGUAUUCGAACGAAUUGUAGCCUAAGUUAAGUUUAAGGUACUCAAGACCCCGUUGGUUUUAGUACAAUCAAAGCGGAAGUUUCGCUCGUUCCCGAAUGAAGCAAAAUGGUCCUGAUGAAACAUAGGAAGAGAUUAUGAAUUUCAUUAUUUGUAGUUGCUAAGGAAAUGUUAUGCUUGACAUUCUGCUGCUAAAUCGAAACGAUGUGUGAAAUUAGAUAGGUAUGUAGCGCUAACUGGAAACACCCGAGUCAUGAUUUUGUACAUAGUUUUAGGUAUUAUUAUCGUCAUCAACUAGAAUUUGGCAAAGAAUGCAAGUCACUUUAAGGUUAUAGUUGCUAACUUGAGGUAAUAAAUAUAAAGAAAAGAACGAGAAUUUAUUCAUGCAAAUGAAAAGAUAUAUUUAAACUUCAUUACGAACCAAGUGGAACACUUCUAUGAGUUUUAAUGGAUGAAAAAUUGCAACAAUAAAAUAUAUAUGACUUUUAUACGAAA